AUGCACGUCUACAGCUCACCUCCAACCCAUCACGACGCCAGCGCGGCUCAAGGACUCUUCGACAAUGAUACCUCCAGUGACAGGCUGAUGGGCUCUUCCGAACUCCCCAUCAGCGAGUCGCCAUCUCUCGAAGCCCUCGAGCUUGUCGACGAAUCUAUGGGCAGAGUCGCAGUCAACCUCGAAAGUGGAGAUUGGGAACCCAACAUUUCCUCUGCAGCGACCUCUCCCCUUUCAUCUCUCUCCGACUUGGACUUUGAGGAGCUGGAUCGGCGAACCACGAGAGGAGUCUCCGACGAGAAAGCGCAGGCUAUGAAGACGAGUACACAGCCAACUCCCGAAACCGUUGAGGUCUCCGACGAGGAGCAGACAGCGCAUGCCACCGAGACGAGUACACGACAGCCAACUCCCGAAGCCGCUGAGGUCUCCGACGAGGAGCAGGCAGCGCAUGCCACCGAGACGAGUACACGGCAGCCAACACCAGACCCUGGAUGUGUCUCUGCGGAAGAGGACGUCGCGCAGCCCACUGAGAUACGCUACCGGGCCAGCUCAACGGCAGCCGCUUCCAAGAAGCCGGGGACAAGUCUUCCAUGUUGGCUUGAUGACUCCAAAAGAUUCCCCGCGAAAGACCCUUGCCACAACAACCCCCGCGAGCAGCAACAAUAG